GCUGUGAGCUUGGUCAGUGUCGGCAUAUUAUUUUAUUGAUUUUAAAAGCAAGCAAAGAUUAACGAGAUUUCUGCAAUUUAGUUUUUCGUUUCAAUUGCUUUUAUCGUGACGUGCACUGAAACGUAGAAUUAUAAUAAUAACCUUGCGUGAUAGUUCAGCGAAUGGAUGGAUUCUGUAAAUUCAUAAAUUCCUUUUAAACAGUCAUAAAUUUAUCACUGAAUUUGUACCUGCAAUAAACUUGUUAAAGACAUCAAGAAAACAUAUAUAAGCAAUAGUUGACUCUUCCUCUAAAACAUGGCGCAUUACAAAGGAGCGGCCAGUGAAGCUGGCCGAGCUAUGCAGCUGAUGAAGAAGAGGGAAAUUGCGCAGCAAGAGAUAGAGCUGCGGAAGAAGAAGAUUGAGGAUGACUUGAAGAUUCACAAUAUAGAGAACAAGUUCGCGACUCAUUACAAUGCCGUUGAACAGCAGUUAAAGACUUCCACAAUUGGUCUGGUAACGUUGAAUGAGAUGAAAGCGAAGCAGGAGAAUAUAGUGAAAGAGCGCGAGAGGAAACUUGCCCAGAAGGAACGGGAAAAGGAGCAGGAAAAAGAAAGGGCACUAGCGGCGAAACAAGCAGAAAAGAACAAGCAAAAGAGGCAGAUCCAAGCGUUGUCCUUCAACUUGGACGAGGAUGAGGAUGAGGACGAGGACGAGGACGAGGCAAAGGGAUCCGACAGCGAUAGUACAGAAACACCAACCAAAUCGGAAAGUGUACAAUGCGAUGAACCGGUUAUCAAAAAGAUCAGGAAGAACCCAGACGUAGACACAAGUUUCCUGCCGGACAGAGAAAGGGAGGAAGAGGAGAAUAAACUGCGGGAAGAAUUGCGGCAGGAAUGGGCGAGAAAACAGAAUGCACUGAAAGAGGAAGAGAUUGAGAUUACGUUCAGUUAUUGGGACGGAUCAGGUCAUCGUCGCAGCGUCAUAAUGAAGAAAGGUAAUUCAAUCUAUCAGUUGCUCCAGAGGUGUCUGGAAGUCUUGAGACGCGAAUUCAGCGAACUCAAAACAGUGAUGGCUGAUCAGUUGAUGUACGUUAAGGAAGAUCUCAUCUUGCCGCAUCAUUACACGUUCUACGAUUUCAUUGUGACCAAGGCACGAGGGAAGAGCGGACCAUUGUUCACAUUCGAUGUUCACGACGAUAUACGAGUCAUGCACGAUGCUUCUGUUGAAACUGAGGAAUCGCAUGCUGGGAAAGUUUUGCUCAGAUCAUGGUACGAGAGAAACAAGCAUAUUUUCCCAGCGAGUAGAUGGGAGCCGUUCGAUCCAACUAAAAGCUACGAUAAGUACACGGUGUCGGAUAAAAAUAGGAAAAAAGAUAAAAUUUGAUAAGCUUAGUUCUCAUGAAUUGCUCAAUGCGAGACAGAAAUAAUUUUCUGCCAUAAGGACCUUGAUCAAGUAAUGUGAAACAUAAUCAUGACUAAUAGUUAUCUUUGUUCCUUCAUAGAAAGUAUACUGUUACGUCGUUGUAAUAUAUGUAUAUAUUAGCAUAAAUUUAUUGCACUUUGUGAUUCUACUAUUUGACUCACAUAUUUAUAUAUGUAUAUUUAUAUAUAAGUGAAAUAGUAUAUAGCUUGUAAAGUUUGAGAGGAGUGCCGAAGAAGAGAAAUAAGUUGAAUAAGUUUAAUGAAAAAAA